CAACAAACCAAAUUGCCCGAUAGGAUGGAAAGAAGGAAUGAGGCUUUUCAAAGACUCAAACCAAUAUGCAUCGCUCUCAGUCAGUCAAUUCUAGCGUUUGCGAGCAAUCGUAGAAACGCCGACAGCAUCAUUCAAACUCUCGAAACGCUGUCGAAAACUCUAGAGGAUAUCACUUCUCGACCCGACGCAUUCGAUCACAAAUUAGCCGAUUAUGUCUUCUUCCCGAUAUCACAAGUCCUCAAAGCCAGCCGGGAUCUUCCAGUGCAGGCGAUGGAAGCAUGUUUGCGAUGUCUUUGCAUACUCAUAUCGAAGGGCUGGACCAAGUCAAAUAUUGAUCAAGAUCUGAGUGGUCAGCUGUUGAUCUUCUUGACACUCACUUGCGAUACCUCAGGCAAGACGGUGCCUACAGGACUCGCGACAGAUGAGCUUCGCGCAGCUGGAUUUCAAUGUAUGCAGGCGCUUUUCCAGUCUCUGAGGACCACUUCUGCAGGAAAGGCUUCUCUGGUCGGAACCACGAAUGUGCCAUCUUUGGGACAUGCUGUCUCAGUAAUCCUCGAGGGCGUUGUCAAUGGUGAGUCUUUUCAAGUUCAACUGGCAGCCGCCGACGCUCUGCAGGCUUUGGUCGCUUGCAUAGAUGAUCUGGAAGUACUGUCAAGCUUUUUGCCUGGUAUAGUAUCAUCCUGGACCAAAGCUCUCACACCAAACACCAAAGGUCGUCGUCACUGGAGAGUUUUAGUGCCUGGCUUACGUGUCAUCGAGUCACUACUGCGAGCACUCCUAAGCGACAAAGUGGUCAAACGGCUUUUACCCAAGACAGAAGACACAGCGGUUGAGAAAGUACCAGCGAAAGAUCAUAUAAUUACAAAACUUGACGAAAGUUGGGUCAAAGCAACGGCUGCGCAGUUGAAGGUCGCUAUCUCGAACAUCAACAGGCUUCGCAAACAUGAGCGCCAGGAUGUCCAAGAAGCUGUCCUAGACUUCAACUUGACACUUCUUACCGAGUGUAGCCAUGCGCUUGCAGAUUCUUGUGCGCUGGCAGCAGAGACAAUUCUACUACUCAUACAAUCAGAUACGAACGCCGCAUACAGAGACAAGAUCGCAAUGUUGGCUCAGAACAAUUCAGCGAUAUCAGAUCUUCUGUCUACAGUGUUUCGAAACGAACAAAUCUCGUUAGUGCGAAUCAUGCAGUCGAAUGACGACCAGGCGAAAGAACGGUCGCUGGGGAAGCUGUUCGGCGCAUACACGAUCCUCGCUGGUACGGAAGUCGACAUGUCCAUGGUUUCGAGAAUGCUAGGUACCGGCUUGAAGGAUAGUGUAACCACAGUCCUGCAACAGUCUGUCGAGCGUAAUACGAAGACGGCUCGAGUCACCCCUGUCACCAUCUCCGACAUGUCGCUUCAGACAAGUCAGAAGUCUUUGACCUUUACUUCACCACUCGCAGAGUACAAGUCUCAAGAGAUCAUACUGAAUUUUGUGAGCAGAAAGCUCAAGAGUCUGAAGGGAGCACAAUCAUCUCUUCCACUAGCUUCCGAUCUCAUGCCAGCACUGAGGGCUUCAGACAAGACAUCUCAAGUAGCGACCUUCUGGCUGAUUCUCCAGGAUCUCAGGAAUAAUCAUGAUGAUGUCGACGGAUUCAUGAACGAUAUGCUUGUCGGCGAUCUAUACUCCAAGGAUCAAUCAGUGUCACUUCGAGAACAGCUUUACUCUUUCUCCCUAGACGUACUGGAAGACGAUGACUCUGUCGACUGGAGACUAAAGAGCUUGGCACUCGAAGCAGUCGCCUUGCACGCACAGCGCCUCGGCGCCGAAUUCAAAGAUGAGCUUGUAGAAGCACUCUAUCCUAUCUUGCACCAUUUGGGAUCUGACUCUGGCUAUGUGCGAAAUCAUGCAAUGACCUGCUUGAACAUCGUGGCAGACUCAUGCGGUUACUCGGAUGCGGGCGAGCUCAUCGUGUCAAACGUCGAUUAUCUCGUCAAUGCUGUGGCUUUGAAGCUGAAUGCGUUUGAUGUCUCACCACAAGGACCACAAGUUUUGCUUAUGAUGGUGCGGCUGGCUGGCCCAUCACUACUACCAUAUCUGGAAGACACUCUCGAAAGCAUUUUCGCUGCACUGGAAGACUACCAUGGCUAUACAUCCUUGGUCGAGCUGUUGUUUGCAGUCCUCCGAACAAUGGCGGAAGAGGGAGUCAAAUCUCCCUUGCUCGCCAUAACUGGUGACUCAGAAACGAGACAAAAAGACUCUACUCGAUGGAAACCUUCAGAUCUCACGCAGCUCAUCGAGAUCAUCCAAGGACUUUCCAAAAAACCAGUAGAUGACCUAGCCCCUCCAACCAGUCUCCUCGACCCAGAAGAAGAAGCUGCGACAAACGAUCAAGUCGACAACCCCGAACCAACAGAAACCCAACCACCAUCUCCCAAAACUUACUCCCUCCUUCUAAAAAUCACCCAAUUGACCCAACACUACCUAACCUCUUCCUCCCCAUCCCUCCGCACAUCCCUCUUUUCUCUCCUCCGCACCACAAUCCCCACUCUCGCAAAACACGAAAACUCGUUCCUACCCCUCAUAAACACAUUAUGGCCCGAAGUAACCUCUCGCCUUUUCGACGAGGAAGUCUUUGUAGUGUCAGGAUCACUGGAUAUCAUAUCCAUGAUGUGUGAACAUUCCGGCAGCUUUAUGCGAACGAGGAUUGAUGCUCUAUGGCCUGAAUUACUAUCUCUGCAUAGAAGAGUCACUCGGGAGAUCAAGUCUGGAACACAGAAGUCGCAGCAACACACAUCUCUGGAUCUCACGACAAGGAACCUAGAGGUGGGAUAUGUAGAUCCAUCAAGAAAGAGUUUGUGGAAAAGUCUAGAGAAACUCCUCAUCUCCAUUGUUGAGUAUCUAGAAGUUGACGCAGAAAAAUUCGACGAUGUAUUGAGGAUAUUGGGUCCAAUUGAUGAAAAAUUAGGGGAAAGGACGAAAAAAGUGUUGGAGGGGUUUAAUGCAGAUGCUGUAUGGUUGGCACAAUACAGAGCUGCACCAUGGAACUUGAAAGCGCCGCAAAAGGUAUCGAGAUUUGCUUUUGCACAGAUUGUUUAGGGGGUCAGUCACAUUCUGGGAAUAGACUUGCUAAGAUGCUUUUUCGGCUUUCGAAAGAGUUGAAAAAAAUACACACGAUGGUAGUCUAAUAACCAGAUUUAGUUCCAAUGUGCACAAACACAUGUCACCUUCCCCUUCACACCCUCGAUAUCCAAAAAAAAGCGACGAUUGGGCUAUACACAACACAGAAGGAAACGACUGCAACACUACAUCCCUUCGCGUAAUCAGCUCAACGAGACUAUCAAACCAAUCAUGCCCUCCCGAACCAGUUCAGCUACAAAGAGAAAUUGUGAUGGCCAUUUCGUGGAUUAUUGAUUCAAAUCGAACGCAUGAAAAGUGAUGAAGCGACACCGUGGACGUUUGCAUGGACAUGCAUUUCUUCUCUAUAAUGAUGUCGAGUCCAAAGAAG